GUCGUUGGGUCGUUCAGUGUCUGUUGGGAUACAGCGGUUGUCUGUCGUGUCUGUGUUGCUCUUGGAAAGAUGAGGGGUCUGAUCGUACUUUUGCUCAUCACCUGCGUAUCAUCCAUCCAGAAGCGCGAGGCUAAACCCGGCUUCGGCCAUUUCGGCUUCGGGCACGGUCUGUACGGCCACGGUUUUGGCCAUCACGGCCACGGACUGGGCUACGGUUAUGGAUAUGGUCCAUUUCUAGCCGGCCACCCUUAUGGACUUCACUCUUACGUCGGUUCCUACCACCACUUCUUACGGAAGAGGGAUGCUGACCCUGGCUUCGGCCAUGGAUUCGGCCACGGCUUCGGCCAUCCAUACUUCAGUUAUGGCUACGGGCACGGCUUCGGGCACGGGCACGGAUUCGGGCUCGGGCACGGCUUCGGGCACGGGGACGGAUUCGGGCACGGCUUCGGGCACGGGCACGGCUUCGGGCACGGGCACGGCCACGGGCAUGGCCACGGGCAUGGCCACGGCGCUGCCUACGGCUACACAAUUGGAGUCGAACACCCUCACUAUGGGCAUUCUCAACAGUACCACGAAGGGGUUGUUUAUCCUUAUUAUGGUCACUACCAUUAACCUGUUCUUCGUCCUUUCUCCUGCUUCUCGAUUACGACUGUUAUUUAUUACUCGUCUUUUGACUGAGGUUCAUUUAAUAAAGAUUCCUCUUGCGUAAUUUC